AUGAAUCGGAGCUUUAGGGCACCGGAGAGGGAGAAAAUGGGUAGUCUGAGAACAUCAAUGAUGAAGGACACCAAGGAUGAGGACCUAGCAUUGUUUCGCGAGAUGCGAAAACGCGAUAAGGAACUGAAUAAUCUUCUUCUUCUUCAGAACUCUGACGAGCUUGAUUCUCCACCUGGGUCAAGAGCUGGUUGUUCUCCAAUAUUUGAUAUAACAUCAGCUGCACCUGUUCGUGCACCUGUUCGGAAAAUUGGUGCUGAUGAUUUUCUCAAUUCGGACAAUGAUAAAAAUGAUUAUGAAUGGCUUUUAACACCUCCCGGUACUCCUCUUUUUCCUUCACUGGAGAUGGAAUCACAGAAAACUGUUAUGAACCAGCUGGGAACUCCAAAAGCCCGUCCCACUGCACUAAAAUCUAGACUUGCAAAUCCCCAGCCUGUGCCCGGUUCAAGGGGCAAUAUGUUAUCCAGACAACCAGCUUCAUCUCCGGGUUUGAAUGCCUCAAGUGGGGGUCUUUCUAGGCCUUCUUCAUCUGGUGGUCAUGGAUCAAGACCUGCAACACCUACUGGGCGUCCAACUUUGGGCUCAACAUCUAGAUCUACUUUUACCUCGACAUCUAAUAAACACUCGCUGAACCAGUCCAAAACAGCCACUCUGACAACAUCUAGAACAACAUCAAAUACAGCAUCUAAACCUUCAAGAUCUGCUACACCUACUUCCCGUGGCACGUUGUCUUCAUCGAAGCCCACUGUUCCUUCAAGAUCUUCUACACCUACAACAAGGUCUACUGCAAGAUCCUCAACACCAACCAGGCCGUCUGUACCUGCUUCAAAGUCCACUUCCAGAGCAGCAACUCCAACUCGUAGGCCCACUUCAAUGUCUAGUGCAACGUCAGCUGCUCGGAUAAAUUCCCCGAUUCCAUCUUCUGUUGCCAAGCCAGUUCCAACUGCAGCAAAAAAUCCAGUUCCACCAAGGUCCAAUUCCCCAACCGUGAAACCCAGAACAUGGAAGCCUUCUGAAAUGCCCGGAUUCUCCCUUGAUGCCCCUCCUAAUUUGAGGACAUCUUUGCCGCCUGACAGGCCACCUUCAGCCACUAGGGGCAGACCUGGAGCACCAAGUUCUCGAUCUUCAUCUGUUGAACCUAUUUCGAAUGGAAGGGUUAAAAGACAAUCUUGUUCUCCAGCAAGAGGACGGGUUCCCAGUGGGAUCAUUCGUAGCAGUGGAAGCUCUGUCCCUGUGCCUGCUGUAAAUAGGUUGCACGCCAAGGCUAAUGACAAUGUGAGCCCUGUUCUUUAUGGUACUAAAAUGGUUGAGAGGGUCAUAAAUAUGCGGAAAUUGGUUCCACCUAAGCAGGAUGAUAAGCAUUCACCCCGUAGCAACUUAUCUGGAAAGUCCUCAUCACCUGACAGCACGGGCUUUGGAAGAACGCUCUCGAAGAAAUCUUUAGAUAUGGCAAUAAGGCAUAUGGAUAUAAGGCGAACUAUUCCAGGCAAUCUACGUCCACUAAUGACUAACAUCCCGGCAUCCUCCAUGUACAGCGUGAGAUCAGGGCCUACCAGAAGCAAGGCAGUCAGUGUGUUGGAUUCCCCACUUGCAACAAGCAGUAAUGCAAGUUCUGAUGUGAGUGUCAAUGUGUAUGGAAACGAAGUAGAUGAUGAUGUUAGCAGUGAUAAGGGUAUUCGAUCUCCUACCAACUUACACGGCAGUAGAGGGAGGGACCUUCUUCCUAAAGGAAUUCCCUUGACUGCACGUAUGCUUCCACUAUUGUCAGAAAAGAACGUAGUGGCUUGGCUGCUUCGACUUCCACCGUAG